AGCGAUAACACAUACCACAAGACACUCAACCUCUCCAGAACACUUCAUGUCCAUGUUCCGUACCAUGCAAGGCGCUCCAGGCGUCAUAACCUUGUUCACUCGACCACAGAGCAGAGUCUCGGAUCAUUUGUUCAAGCAGUUACAGUACUACUCCAAGCCAUUUCAGUCCAAGAAGAAUCCGACUCUUUUGGCCAAGAUCUUCGGCGAGCGUGCCCCGAAGAACGGGAGCGAGGAAGACCGCUACACCAUCGACUUGCAAAACACCUGCCCAACCUACGACCAGUUUUUGACCAUGACUUCUUUCCUUAGCACCCACAAGAGCAACUUUACCUCCUUCCGCCAUGCCUUCCCUCCAAUUGGAAAAGAGAUGAAGUACGUGGGCGACUUGAAGGUGCCUGAAAGGUUGGAGUACGAAGCGAUGAUGAGCAAAGGUGUGAACGGCGAGGAGGAGAGCUUUGUCACGCCGUUGGUGGUUGACUGGAACCAAGCGUUGAUUGCUAGCGACGAUGAAGGGAUUGAGCGGAUUAUCCAAUACUAUAAGGCUCAGGUUUAGACAACCAGAGGGAAUACUUGGCUCCCUUCACCUCACUUGCAUUCUCCCAGAAAAUACCUCUGGCCUACUUAAUUUCACAUUCCUCGCUAGUCUUCCGCAGAAGCGUCCUGGCAACCUUCC